AUGGAAACGUACCACGGCUAUGUGCGGACACCCGCCGAUGCUAUUCGACUCUUUGAAGCCUGUAGAUUAGGCAUCUUGCCCCGUGUGCAACGACGACUUUCGGAGAAGGAGAGACAAUCAAUUCGAUCUGGUUCUGUUUUUGUCUGGGAUGAGCGGGAAGCCGGUAUGAGAAGAUGGACUGACGGCAAGUCAUGGAGCGCCAGUCGAGUUUCGGGAAGCUUUCUCACAUACCGCGAAAUGGAGGGCAAGCGAGGUGGAGGCUUUAACACAAACCGAAGAGGUGCUGGUAAAACCCCAGACUCUGGACGUGGUAGCGAUGAGGAUCUGGAUGACGCAGAGCCUGAGGGAUACCGAUACAAGGCCGAUGGUCUCAUGAAGCAGUCUUUCAGCAUCACCACCUCUGGCGGCCAACACCUGCACCUCAUCUCAUAUUACUCUCGCCCACAGCCUGGUCAGCCUGAGCUUCAGCAACCAACAAACGACCCUGCGCUACGAGGUAUCACUCCUGUCAAGGGCAUGUAUCCCGAGUCUAGCAUGGGCGAGGCCAACACCACUCCCGCUCUCACUCGUGCCCCCAUGCAACAGCCUUAUAUGGCCCAGCCUGACCAACAACCUUACGGUGCCUAUCCUCAGCAUGGAUAUGGCUGGCCUCCUUCCCCCGCUGCUACUCCUCCCUACAGCCACUACGCCGCUCCUUACCCUCCCAAUGUCCCUCAACAAUACCUACCUCACGCUGGCCAUCCAGGCCUACCUCUUCCUCACUACCCCCAGGCACCUGUUUACGAGCACCGUGGUGCUCCUCUUCCUCUUCCCCUAACGGCCAAGUCUCCUCACCACCCGCACAUGGCUCUUCCCAGAGCACACGAGUCCCCUCGCGAGCAACAUCUCCAGGCAGCUGCACAAAGCGCCAUGGUUGAUGCUCGACCCAGUGGUGCUUCACACACUCACCAAGUAGCUCUACCAAGUCUCGGGGCGGUGACCAACGGUCCCCCUGGCUCGUCCUUGGCAGCAAUCAGCACACCUCCCAGCAGAACCAUGAGUGUUAGCCCCACUCGAAACUCUCGUUCUGAGGUGUCCAGUCUCUCUACCCUUCACGCAGUGCUUCAUCAUACUCCCGCCAGCAGCGAGAGUGGUAGUGCCAAGCCUGGUAGUGCCGCCAGCAGCCCUAGAGCGUCUGCUGCCUGCGGCCUUGAGAAGGGUGGCGUCAGCGAGGAUGCGAGAGCCCUGAGAAUGUUGGAUCGCAAGUUCUGCAUCUAG